CCUACCCGCCUUUUCAGUCUCCUUCUUCCCAUGUGACUCUGUCUUCCUUUCUCUCUCUCUCUCUGCCUCUAAAUCAAGACCCAAUUAGAAUCAUACUUUCUUUUCCUUCUUGGAUUACUUGUUACCAUAUCAAAUCAUGAAGCUGAAAUGUUAAGAGUUUCUUUUGUUUCUUUUCACACCGCUACUUUUGGCUUUGCUUCUACUUUUUUGAUCCUGGGGGUGUCUCUAUGAUUUGGCUUUUUGGGUUUGCCAUAUCUUGAGAGGAUAGAAUGAGUUUCCAGUGAACUUUUUCUUGAAGCCGCAAAUGAAGAAGAUCAUUUUGUUUAGACACUUCAUUUUCUUGCUUCUUGUUGGCUUUGGUUGUUUGAGCCCAGUUCCAGUUUUGGCUCAAAAUGGACCAAUCAAUGAUCAUGUCAAGCUUAUUUUUGGAGGGGUGAAUUUAGGUCCGUGGAAGAAUGGGAUAUCUGAGCUGGCACAAGCACCAGCACCUACAAAUGAUGAGCCUCCAAGCACGCUGGUGUUGGCAGCAAAAAGGACAAAUAGGCCAGACAUUCUUCGCCAUUUCAAGCAUUAUCUCGGUGGUUGGGAUAUUACCAACCGGCAUUACUGGGCGUCUGUUGGAUUUACAGGUGCUGCUGGAUUCAUUUUUGCUGCCUUGUGGUUUGUUUCUUUUGGCUUGGUUCUUGUGCUAUAUCACUGCUGUGGGUGGAGAGUAAACAUCAAAGGAAAAAGAUCGGAUCAUUCCCAAAUGAUUUGUCUUAUAAUGCUCAUAUUGUUCACAAGUGCUGCAGCGACUGGAUGUAUUCUUCUUUCUAUUGGGCAAGAUGAAUUUCAUGGUGAAGUGUUGCAUACUUUGAAAUAUGUUGUAAACCAGUCAGACUACACUGUGCAAAUCCUAAAAAAUGUUACACAGUACCUAUCUCUAGCAAAAACCAUCAAUGUGGCCCAGGUGUUCCUUCCUUUUGAUGUCAUGACUGACAUCGACAAGUUGAACAUAGAUCUAAACACAGCAGCAGAUACACUUACAGAGAAGACCACUGAAAAUGCUGGCAAAAUAAGAAGAGUCUUCAAUGCUGUGCGAUUAGCACUGAUCACCGUGGCAGCAGUGAUGCUAAUUUUGGCUCUGCUUGGUCUUUUGUUAUCGAUUCUAGGGCACCAACAUGCCAUCCACGUAUUCAUAGUCAGCGGAUGGCUACUAGUAGCUGGUACAUUCAUUCUUUAUGGAGUUUUUGUAAUCAUGAACAAUGCAAUUUCAGACACUUGUUUGGCUAUGGAAGAAUGGGUGGAAAAUCCCCAUGCGGAGACUGCUCUUAGCAACAUCCUUCCUUGUGUUGAUCAGAGAACAACAAACCAUACACUCACUCAGAGCAAACAAGUCAUCAAUGGUAUAGUAAAUGUUGUCAAUACAUAUAUUUACAACUUUGCCAAUUCAGAUCCUUCCCCAGAUGACCAUAGUUACUAUAACCAGUCUGGGCCUCCAAUGCCUACUCUAUGUUACCCAUUUGAUUCUCAGCUUCAAGAUCGCCAGUGUGGGUCUUAUGAGGUGUCUAUGGAAAAUGCUUCUCUGGUUUGGCAUAACUUCAUGUGCAUGGUAUCGGCAUCUGGGCUUUGCACCACCACAGGAAGGAUAACACCUGACAGAUUCACACAGCUGGUGGCAGCAGUUAAUGAGAGCUAUGCUCUCGAGCACUAUACCCCGCCCCUACUUUGCCUGCAAAAUUGUGAUUUUGUCAGGGAUACGUUUCAAAACAUCACCUCAAAUUACUGCCAUCCAUUGGAGCAUUACCUUAAGAAAGUAAAUGCAGGAUUGGGUUUAAUCUCAGUAGGAGUCUUGUUCUGUCUAGUUCUCUGGAUAUUCUAUGCAAACCGCCCCCGAAGGGAGGAAGUGUUUGUGAAGCUAUUGUUGCCAAUAAAAUGUACGAGUUGCAAAAAGAUUUUCAGCUCAAACAGCAACAACAAUAUAACAUUGGCAAGCACGACAAACGGAGACUAGAUCAUAGAUAGAAAUUAGGUUGAAGCCUUUCAUUUUCGUUGUAUCCCAUAACGGGAAAGAAACCAAGGUGGGGCAAAGCUCCAUUUUGAGUUGGGAGGGUAAUCUCUCAUUUCUGUCGUUGUCACGUUAUAUAUGUAUGGUAAAUGAAUUUUGAUUGUUGGCCAUAUAUAUGUUUAUGUAAUCCCUUGUUUCCUUCGUGGAAGAAACUGCAAUUUGCAGGAAAUUGCAUCUGAAAAGAUGCAAAGCUCAUUGGAGCUGCUGCAACAAGGAAUUUAUUUCAAAAUUCAAAACAAAACAUAUCGCGGUCUCUUGCUUGUUUAGCCAUCCAGAACAUUGCCUCUUUUACCCAAAUGAUAUUCUAUACAAUGAUUUAAGUAGGGUAACUGUGUUCAAGCUCCUUUGGAGGCUUUUCAAGGCAUAUCGUUAAGAGAUUUAGGUGUUUGAAGAUUUGGUAUUCGUUCUCUUAACCUUUCUCUAUCUCUUUGUCAUUUGUCAUCACAAGUAGCAUCAAUGAAAGAAUAUUAAUCUGAGUUUGAAAAGUCGUUGAGCGGAUCAGGAAGAAUCUCAAAUUCACGAAAAGUAGGAUGCUUUGUCAGUUGACUCAAUCAAGUCUAAAAAGUAAAUAUUCUUUCUAAAUGUGUACAAGAAAGCAGGAUGCUCUGUCGGUUCACUGAAUCAUGUCUGAGAAGUAAAUAUUGUUUGUAAAUGUGUACAAGCAGCUGCCAAGGCGGUCAGUUUUAUUGCAGAGGUGGGUCUAGCCCGAUUAUAUGAGACAAAAUAUCAAGUUCAACAAAAGGUCACUUCAACUGAAAGACAAAAGAAAAAAAAGAUAACUACGGGCUUCUAGGGUUCUUACUCCAGUCACAAAAACUUUUCUUGAUUGAAGACAUUGGGAGGAGGAUGAGGAUCGAGACGGAGACUUUGAAGGAGUGCCUUGACAAUUAAGACUGGUCCUUUAUUUGUAUCUCAAGGACAAGGGUGUAUGAAGGAUGGAAGAAUGUACGUACAUUUGGUGCAUCCAAGAAUUACUAGCUAGAAUUUACUUAGGCUUAGGUAAUUAGGAUUUUAGAUGUAUACUAUUUGCUUAUUAUCUUUUUAGGAGACUUGGGUGUUGUAAUGUUGGUAUAUUUGUUCUCUAAUUUAUCUUAAUUUGUUAUCAAGUUAAGAAGUCAGCGACUGAUUGA